AUGGCGACGGAGACAGAAUGGUCCGCCGCCAAGGUGCGCCAGACCUUUCUCGAGUUCUUCGAGAAGAGGGGCCACACCAUCGUCCCCUCGGGCUCUGUCGUCCCUCACAAUGACCCCACCUUGCUCUUCACGAACGCGGGCAUGAACCAAUUCAAGCCAAUCUUCCUCGGCACCGUGGGCAGGACGGAUCCCAUGGCCAGCAUGAAGCGCGCGGUCGAUACCCAAAAAGUCAUCCGCGCCGGCGGCAAGCACAACGACCUCGACGACGUCGGCAAGGACUCGUACCACCACACCUUUUUCGAAAUGCUCGGCAACUGGUCCUUUGGCGACUACUUCAAGAAGGAGGCCAUCGAGAUGGCCUGGGAGCUCCUCACCAAGGUCUACGGCAUCGACGCCGAGCGUCUCUACGUCACCUACUUUGAGGGCAGCCCCGAGCUCGGCCUCGAACCCGAUCUCGAAGCCAAGGAGCUCUGGCACUCCAUGGGCGUCCCCUACGACCGUAUAUUGCCCGGCGACAUGAAGGACAACUUUUGGGAGAUGGGCGACCAGGGCCCUUGCGGUCCUUGCUCCGAGAUUCACUACGACAAGAUUGGCGGUCGCAACGCCGCCCAUCUCGUCAACAUGGACGACCCCAUGGUCGUCGAGGUUUGGAACCUCGUCUUUAUGCAGUUUGACCGACAAAAAGAUAGAAGCCUCAAGUCGCUUCCUGCCAAGCACAUUGACACCGGUAUGGGCUACGAGCGUCUCGUCUCUGCCCUGCAAAAUACCAUUUCCAACUACGCCACCGACUGCUUCACUCCUCUCUUCAAGCAGAUUGAGACUGUCACGGGAGCCCGCCCUUAUACCGACAAGUAUGGCAAGGAUGAUGCUGACGGCAUUGAUACUGCCUACCGUGUCGUUGCUGACCAUAUCCGAACCCUCUCUUUCGCUAUUACCGACGGCGCUGUGCCAAACUCUGACGGCCGCGGCUACGUUGUCCGCCGCGUCUUGCGCCGUGGUGUGCGAUAUGCCCGCAAGUACCUCAACGCCGAGAUUGGCUCUUUCUUCUCCAAGAUUUUGCCUGCGCUUGUUGACCAGGUCGGUGGUCAGUUCCCCGAUUUGGUAAAGAAGCAGGAGGAUAUCAAGGAGAUUCUCAACGAGGAAGAGGAAGCCUUCUCUCGUACCCUCGACCGUGGUGAGGCCCAGUUCGAAAAGUAUGCCGCCAAGGCUGCCAAGGAUAACGUCAAGAAGCUCGAUGGUGACGUCGUCUGGCGUCUAUACGACACCUUUGGUUUCCCCGUUGACUUGACCAAGCUCAUGGCCGAGGAGCGUGGCCUCGAUAUUGACGAGGCUGAAGUAGAAGUUGCCAAAGAAAAGGCCCGUGAGGCUUCCAAGGCUGUCAAGGACGCUGCCGCCACCUUUGCCAAGCUCAAUGUUCACCAGAUUGCCGAGCUCGAGCAGCAGCACAAGCUUCCUCGCACUGAUGAUGAAGGCAAGUUUGUCAAGGGCGACAGCAAGAGCAAGGUGCAAAUCAUCUUUGACGGCCAGACCUUCCACACGUCUACCAAGGACCUCCCUCCCAAGACUGCCGUUGGUCUAUUGCUCGACAAGACCAACUUUUACGCCGAGUCGGGUGGUCAGAUUGCCGAUACUGGCCGCAUUGUCAUUGACGAUGUUGCCGAAUUCAAGGUCAUGGACGUCCAAAACUUUGGUGGAUAUAUUCUUCACAGCGGCUAUAUUGAGUACGGUGCCCUCUCUUCCGGAGACGAGGUCAUCUGCGAGUAUGACGAGCUUCGCCGUUCUCCUAUCCGCAACAACCAUUCCGGUACUCACAUUCUGAACCACGCCCUGAGAGAGGUUCUGGGUGAUGACAUUAACCAAAAGGGUUCCCUUGUUGACGAUGAGAAGCUCCGUUUCGAUUUCUCACACAAGGCUCAGGUCAAGAUUGAUGAGCUGAAGAAGAUUGAGGAUCUUUCCAACGCCUACAUUCGCCAAAACUCCAAGGUCUACACCAAAGACGUCGAUCUGGAUCUCGCUCGCGAGAUUGAGGGUGUUCGUGCUGUUUUCGGCGAGACGUACCCUAACCCUGUCCGCGUGGUCUCGAUCGGCAUGGACAUUGACACCAUGCUUGCUGAGCCUAAGAAGGCCGACUGGCGCAAGUACAGUGUCGAGUUCUGCGGUGGCACUCACGUUGAGCAGACUGGUCUUCUCAAAGACCUGCUGAUUGUCGAAGAGAGCGGUAUCGCCAAGGGUAUCCGCCGUAUCAUUGCCUACACUGGUGAGGCUGCCCACAAGAUCCAGCGCGAGGCUGUCGAGUUCUCCAAGACUCUCGAUGCCCUCGAUGAGCUUCCCUUCGGCCCCGAGAAGGAAGCCCAGGUCAAGACUGUCUCACAGGAGCUGAGCAAGCUCGUCAUCUCCACCCUGACUAAGGAGGAGUUUAACCAGCGCUUCACCAAGAUUAGCACCUCGGUCAUCAACGAGCAGAAGAAGAAGCAAAAGGCCGAGUCCAAGACUGCUCUCGACACCGUCACCAAGUAUUUUGAGGACAAUAAGGACGCCAAGUGGUUCGUCGGCCGUCUGCCCAUCGGCGCCAACGCCAAGGCUCUUGGUGAGGUUGUCAAGCACUUCCAGAGCAAGGAGAAGGAGAAGACGGUCUACCUGUUUGGUGGCAGCCAAGAGGCUGGUGGUGUUGUCCACAGCGUGUUCAUUGGUCAGCAUCUCGCGUCACAGGGCGUCACCGCUGAACAGUGGGCUGCCAGCGUCUCCGAGGUCAUCGGAGGCCGUUCCGGCGGCAAGGAGCCUACCCGCGCGGGCCAGGGCACCAAGCCCGAGAGCAUUGACGACGGUGUUGAGCAGGCGACCAAGUGGCUAAGCGAGAAGCUGAAGCUGUAA